UGUUGAGAGCUUUAAAUGCUCUCAUUCUCUCGUCUAACCAUUAAAACCGGAGAGGGGAAUACUUUGUCUUUGGACUGCAGUGGCUUGUAUAAUUACAUCCCAAGUCGCGGACCACUUGUGAAUUACAAACUCGUACGUCUUAAGUUUCUUUCUUUGCCUAGAAAAACAAAAAAGAUUAUGAAUAGUAGAGGAAGACGGGUUUGGGGUUUCAUUCUGUUGUUUAUGUUUCUAGCAUUUUUAGAGACAGAAGGUCCAAACUUUUUGUCCCUUAGGGUUGCAAAAUUUUGGAAUUCUGAUGCUGAAUUUAUCAAUCAAAAGCAUUCCAGGAGGAAACUUGAUGAUGUAGCUGGUGAUAUAAAUAUUGAUUGUGGAAUUUCAGAAGAUUCAAUCUCUACUAAUGAGAAAACUCACAUGCCAUACAAUUCAGACAAGACAUAUAUCGAUACAGGAGUGAAUAAGAUGAUAUCUGCCGACUAUAAUUCUUAUGGUCUUCCAAUUUCUUUGCGAACUGUCAGGUUUUUUCCAGAAAGAAACAGAAGCUGCUAUACUCUGAGGCCACCUGAAGGCAAAGCUAAAAUCUACAUCAUCAGAGCCUACUUCAUGUAUGGAAAUUAUGAUAAUCUAGACAAGUUGCCGCAGUUCAGUUUAUUUCUUGGAGUUAAUUUGUGGGGUACAGUAAAGUUUGACAAUGCAUCUCAUAUUGUAAUAAAGGAAAUUAUACAUGUCCCUGUAAGGGAUCAAAUAUAUGUCUGUCUCCUAAAUACUGGUUUAGGAACCCCUUUCAUGUCAGCUUUAGAGGCAAGGCAUUACCAUAUUGAUACAUACAAAACAGAAUCUGGAAAAUCAUUAGUCGGGUUCCAGCGGCUCGAUUUUGGAUCAACAACUGAUGAGAUAAGGUACCCUGAUGAUGUUUAUGAUCGCAUAUGGUAUCAUUCGAGCUGCUCCGAAUGUGUUUCGUUGAGCACUUCCAAUGAAGUUGACUCCCUUAAUAGAAGUGACUUCAAUCUACCAUCAAAAGUUAUGCAAACUGCAGUCAAGCCAAUGAAUGCUAAUGAACCGCUAAAUCUUGAAUUUGAUAUUGGAGAUCCCAAUACAAAAUUCCAGGUUUACAUUCAUUUUGCUGAAGUUGAAGUUCUCAAAAGGAAUCAAUCUAGAACAUUCAACAUUGUUUUAAAUGAUAAGCUAUUAAGUGAAGUAGUUGAUCUUAAGUACCUGCAGUCAAAAACAAUAACUACCAUGCAGGCGGUGAGAGGAGCCAGGCUCAGCCUUUCUCUCAAUAAGUUGCCUAGUUCUACUCUUCCGCCCAUAUUGAAUGCACUGGAAAUAUAUUUAGUUUAUGAUUUCUGGCAGAAUCAGACAGACAUGGAAGAUGUUAAUGCUAUCGAAGAUAUUAAGUCAUAUUAUAAGGUGAGUAAAGUCUGGCAAGGAGACCCAUGCAUGCCUUCUCCAUCCUGGGAGGGCUUGAAUUGCAGCAACCAAGGCUAUGAACCCCCAAGAAUUAUCUCCUUGAAUUUGUCAUCGAGUGGAUUAACAGGAGAAAUAUAUCCUUCAUUGUCCAAACUUAAAUUAUUGCAGUACCUGGAUUUAUCAAAUAAUAGCUUAACAGGAGGACUACCUGAAUUUCUCUCUGAACUACAAAAUUUGACGACUUUGAAUUUAGAAGGAAACAAACUAUCUGGUUCAGUUCCUUUGGCUCUGAUGGAAAGAUCCAAUAAUGGGUUGUUAUCAUUAAGACUAAAUGGGAAUCCGAAGAUUUGUUGGUCGCCUCCAUGCAAGGAACAGAAGAAGAGUAUUGUAGUUCCACUUGUAGCAACUAUUGUUCCAUUUGUGCUAAUCCUGAUGGCAUUAAUUAUUCUGUGGAGAUACAAAAGGAGAAAAGCUGCGGGGACUUUUGUCAAUUCCAAGGAAGGAGAAGGAUCAUCCUUAAAGUCAGACAACAGACAAUUUAGUUAUGCUGAGAUUGUAAGAAUUACUAACAGUUUUAGCACCGUUAUUGGGAAAGGAGGAUUUGGAACAGUUUACCAUGGCUACUUGCCUGAUGGGACCGAAGUUGCUGUCAAAAUGAUCUCUUCUGCAUCAGAUCAUGGAUCGAGUCAAUUUCGAACUGAAGCUCAGCUCUUGAUGAGAAUUCAUCACAGGAAUUUAACUUCCUUUAUUGGUUACUGCAAUGAAGCUAGUAAUGUUGGGAUAAUCUAUGAGUACAUUGCCUAUGGAAAUCUCCAGCAAUAUCUAUCAGAUAAGUCAAUUGAGGUUUUGAGUUGGAAGGAGAGACUGCAAAUUGCAUUGGAUGCAGCACAAGGGAUAGAGUACUUGCACCUUGGUUGCAAGCCUCCUAUAAUACAUAGAGAUGUGAAGAGUGCAAACAUUUUGUUAACUGAUAAUUUGCAGGCCAAAAUCUCUGAUUUUGGGUUCUCAAGGUUUAAUUCAUCUGAAAGUAGAAGUCAUAUAUCAACUAAUGUCAUUGGAACCCUUGGUUACCUUGAUCCAGAAUAUUACACAAACAACAGGCUCACAGAGAGAAGUGAUGUUUACAGCUUUGGAAUAGUACUUCUAGAGCUAAUUACAGGCAAGCCUGCAAUAAUAAAAAACCGAGAUGAGAAUGUUCAUAUUGUUAAUUGGGUGAGUCCUUAUAUCGAAAGAGGCGAUAUAAGAAGUGCUGUUGAUCCAAGACUGGAAGGAAACUUUGAGACGAAUUCCGUUUGGAAAUUCAUGGAGAUAGCAAUGUCAUGUGUGCCAUCAAUCUCCGUUCAAAGACCAACCAUGAACCAAGUAGUUGCAGAAUUAAAGGAAUGUUUGGUAACAGAAAUUGGUCGUGAACAGAGAUGCAGAAUGGAAGAGCAAAGAAUGAGAUUAAGCAAUUCUUUUGAAAUGAUUUCUGUGGAUCUUGCAACUGAACGUGGUCCAGAAGCAAGGAACCUCUCUCACUCUCACCCACAAGCCAAUUGGUGCAUAUCAAAAAUGGAUAUUUUCUUGGUUUUGGCCUUGGCAACAUUACCCGUUGCACUGUUUCUGAAUCCUGCAUAUGCACAAGAUACUGUUGUUCCUGCUAUAAUUACAUUUGGUGAUUCUGCUGUAGAUGUUGGCAACAAUGACUAUCUCCCAACAAUCUACAAGGCCAAUUAUCCUCCUUAUGGAAGAGACUUUGUUAAUCAUCAACCUACUGGAAGGUUCUGCAAUGGCAAACUAGCCACCGACAUAACCGCUGAAAGUCUAGGGUUUAAGACUUAUCCACCUGCAUACCUGAGCCCAGAUGCAUCAGGAAAAAACCUUCUUAUUGGAGCUAAUUUUGCAUCAGCUGCUUCUGGUUAUGAUGACAAAGCUGCAACAGUAAAUCAUGCAAUUCCAUUACCUCAACAGUUACAGUACUUCAGGGAGUACAAGGGUAGGCUUGCCAAGGUGGCUGGUUCUGCCAAAUCAGCAUCUAUUAUUAAGGAUGCAUUGUACAUAUUAAGUGCAGGAAGUAGUGAUUUCGUCCAGAAUUACUAUGUUAAUCCUCUGUUAAACAAACUCUAUACUCCUGAUCAAUAUGGCUCAUAUCUUGUCGGUUCCUUUUCAAGCUUUGUUAAGGAUUUAUAUGGAUUGGGAGCAAGAAGAAUCGGAGUAACUUCACUUCCACCACUGGGUUGCCUUCCUGCAGCUCGAACCUUAUUUGGGUUUCAUCAAAGUGGGUGUGUCUCAAGGAUCAACAGUGACGCACAGCAGUUUAACAAGAAGAUCAAUUCAACGGUUAUAAAUCUCCAAAAGCAACUUCCUGAUCUAAAGAUUGUUGUCUUUGACAUUUUCACACCACUCUAUGACCUUGUCAAAACUCCUUCAAAAUAUGGUUUUGUGGAAGCUACAAAAGGUUGUUGUGGGACAGGGAGAGUAGAGACAACAUCAUUGUUGUGCAAUCCAAAGUCUCUGGGAACUUGUUCUAAUGCAACCCAAUAUGUGUUUUUUGACAGUGUUCAUCCAUCUCAGGCUGCUAAUCAGGUUCUUGCAGAUGCUCUGCUUGUUCAGGGAUUCUCCCUUCUCUGAAGAGAAUAAAUUACAUCAGUAUAAAAAUCAAUUAUUUAUAAGUGUAAUAUAUCACUUGAAAGUGCUAUUACCUUUCCACUAUUGUCUAUUAUGAAACUUAAUUCUCUACUGUGAGAAGUUUAGUGCAAAAUCAUCUUUUGAAUAUUUUUGCUAGCUCGGUUAUUUCCGAGAUGUAGCAUUUGUCUAAAAUAAUAUAUUUCUGAGAAUUUUACUUUUAGUUUUUCCAAUAUGCACCAACUUGCGAAUAAAGUAAGAGCUCAUCUGAUUUC